AUUUGAUCUGGCAACACUGCUUGACAUUUCGUUUUUGCUAUUCACAAUUUUGAUUACUCACUACUUAUUUUACGCUAAACUAUUCGGCAGUUUUCUUGUGUAAUUCAUCCGAAAGUAUCGAAGAUGUUCCUGACACGAUCCGAGUAUGACCGUGGAGUCAACACGUUCAGCCCUGAAGGGAGGCUGUUCCAAGUGGAAUAUGCGAUUGAAGCCAUCAAACUUGGCUCUACAGCCAUCGGCAUUUGCACCUCGGAAGGAGUCGUGUUGGCGGUGGAAAAGCGAAUCACGUCGCCUUUGAUGGAACCUACGACGAUUGAGAAGAUUGUGGAAGUGGAUCGCCAUAUCGCUUGUGCUGUGUCAGGACUAAUGGCGGAUUCUAGAACACUAGUGGAGCGUGCCCGGGUUGAAUGCCAGAACCACUGGUUCGUAUAUAAUGAGCGGAUGAGUGUAGAGUCAUGUGCACAGGCCGUGUCUAACCUUGCCAUCCAGUUUGGUGACAGUGAUGAUGACAGUGGCACUGCCAUGUCUAGACCAUUUGGUGUUGCUGUCAUGUUUGCAGGUAUUGAUGAGAAGGGUCCUCAGCUGUUCCAUAUGGAUCCUAGUGGGACAUUUGUUGAAUAUGACGCUAAAGCGAUUGGAUCUGGCAGUGAGGGUGCUCAACAGAGCUUGAAGGAAGUAUACCACAAAUCGAUGACACUAAAGGAAGCAAUAAAAUCAGCUCUCACAAUCCUCAAGCAAGUGAUGGAGGAGAAACUGUCCGAAAACAACGUAGAGGUGGUCACUAUGACUCCAGGGCAGAUGUUUCACAUGUUCACAAGGGAACAGCUUGCUGAGGUUAUUAAGGACAUACCUUAAGUAGUUUGAGUAUAUGAGUAAUAAUAUUUCAUGGCGUACGUAGAUAUGCAAUAUGACAUAAAAUUAUAAAUUUUAACCACAGUGACAAGUGGAAGUAAAAUAAAUAUUCAUUUUAUGACAGAUUCCUAGACUAACUGGGAAAAUAGCUGAUGACCUUUAAAUGGUUGAAAAUGUUUUCAUCAAAUACAUAUUACAUAUAAUACCAUUCCAAUUAAAUUAGAACUAUCCGUUGUGAGCUAUGAUGCCACAGACUGUCAGACGCUUAGAUACAAAGACAAAUGCUUCAAACUUACAACUUGCCUCCUUUUUGCGUCGGGGGUUAGGUUGAAGGUAGACCAAUAAUCAGGGAAGUAUGUUCGCUUUUGAAGCUUGUAAGAUCGUAGAUCUCAGACUGGUUGCACAGCUGUGCGUAUAGUCCGGAAGGUUUGUCCGCCUGCGGGCCAUUCGCGUGUGUAGAAUCCCCAGUGCUCUGAAUAGAGUAUUUAAUUUGAUGCGGAAAUUCACGGAAGACAGUCGCCUACAAUAAACGCACGGGUGGCCUGUGCGGAGUUCAUGCGGAGCGUGUUCCGUUCGGAGCAAUCUGCAUCACUGUAAAACGAUGUUCUAAUGCCCCACGUGUAAUAAAUCUGCACUGCUCCGAAACCAGUCUCAGGGACUCUCCACACUUGACGGAGCAGAAUCGCAGUAUGUCAGUCAGAAAACAGCUUUAUGUCUUUGUACUACGAGCGAAAGAGACGUUGUGUGUUUCGCUUUAGCUCGGAUUUUCGAAACGAAACGCACGCUUUUUCGUUUUUUUUUGCUUGGACGUGGCUUUUUAUAACCGGCUAAAGCCGAUUCUGCGUUAAUAAGGGUACCAGUCAGUAAGGAGAGUGACUAUAUGUGUCUUGGUACGAUACUGUUGUUGCAUAUCUACUUACGCUGUAGUAUUUAAUGUAUGGUUAAAGUAUUUAGUCGUAUUUUGAGUAAAUUGUACUUUAUUCUCUAUUUUCCAUCCUAAACUAUGUUUAAUGAAUGUUUCAUUUACGUAUUACAGAAAAUCGGCAUUUACAUAAUUAGAAAUACUUAUUGUAUUAUGGAUUGUUUUUAUUUAUGCAUUUAUACAAGCUUGAUUAUUACUUGAAACAAAAAAGUUAUUGUUAUAUAUUUUCUUCCAACUUAACCAUUUGCUACUAUGAAAUAAAGGGUGAUAUUUUCUUAAUUCACGAUAGUUUAAGAGUAAUCCUUCUUACCAAUAUAAGUAAAUUUUCAUUAUAAACUUUAACUCACUCGUAUUUCAAAAUCAGUAUAACUCAGCUUUUAUAUACUAAACGUGCAUACUUACAAUCAAAAGGUAUAAAACUACGCACUAAUGUGCAUACUUCGUCCAAAAUCAGAUCUGAUUUAAAAAAAAACGUACUAACAAUUUUACUAUAAUAACUAGAUCUAAAUGAAAUUUUUUACGUUAUGAUAUCACUUAUUAUAGACCAAAAACAAAGACUGCAACAAGCACAUAUGAAAUUCGUAAGUUUUGCUGGUUCCAUAGCUCAGUUGGGAGAGCGUCAACCGCGGUAUGGCGAAGUCGCUGUUUCGAGUUUACCCGGAUCGAAGGAAUUUUUCUUUGUGUUUGAUCUUUGUAUUAAUAAUUUAUAACAAAUUUUCAUCACACUUGCUCCUAAAUACUAUGAUUGCAUGGUGGCUAACUUGGCUAUAAUGCCCCAAAUAAAAACCUCGGGCCUUUUUUCAGCCAUGGUCGGUAAGUUGUUUUUUGAAAUUUGUAGCGCGACAUACUUCCUUGCUACGUAGGUCAAGUUCAAAUUCAAGCAAAGAAGUUAAGUUCAAAAUUAAAACAUUCGCUUAAAAUCUAAACAGAAAUUUUAUUGCAACUCAGCCACAUACUACUUAAAUAGUUAUUAUUAAGAAUUUCUUAUAAUUGAUUUAAAUAAUGU